AUGUCGGGAAACGCCGAUGAGCAAAUACACACUAUAUACAACUUGAUAGCAUCAUGGCAUGAAUGUGAUGAGACAUGGAAAGAAGCCAAAUGGACAAUAAAACUUUUCCAGGAGAAUGGAGGUAUCAAAUUCUGCUAUUCCAAAAGGCAUCGUGAAGGCUCGAAGAAACCGUCACAACUGCGAGUCGGUCUCUCCACAGAAAAUGCACUACCAAAUAGCAUAAAUGUUACAAACGUAACAGCAAUGGAUUAUCCCCAAAAGGGAUCACAGAAAGUAUUAUUUGGAACCGAAAAAGAACCAAUGAACAUCGAGCUCCCACAACAAGACGGGCCACAGACAGAAUGCAAGAGAAAACUUUAUCGGGACAAAUCUGUCAAAAUUAUUUGCAAGAGAUUCAAGGCUGAACAUUUUAGAGAGAGUCUGUUACUCUGUAUGCCAGUACAAGAUUCGUAUUUGUACGAAUUCGACUGA